AUGAUCGGGGGGAAGAACACCGCGAGUCUUGCGAGUGUUUAAGACGUCUGAUGUCGUAGUAGUAAUGGUAGUAGCAACUGCAACUAGUGUAGAGUAAAGCGAGCUUGUACAUGAAUUAAGCAAGCCCAACAUAAGCUGCAGCGGUCUGUCCGGUUCCGCACAUGUGAGCAAUAAAGGGGUGAAUGGUGUUGGCCGUUUUUGUACGGUUGGUGGAUCAAAAACCCCCAGUGUGUUUAUGCUGUUUUGUUUACUGUGUGCCGAACUGUCAUCUGUGUGUGUGUGUAUGUGUGUUCCGAGAGCUGUCAAUUGUUGCCCGCGAAACAAACAAAACAAAAGCGAACCCUUUACAGCGAACAAAUCCGUGAUCAGGUGACCACCGCAGAACGGAAGAGAACAAAACGGAAACGGGAGUGCGUGUGUACAUUCAGUUGGACAACAGUCGAAUCGAGAAUGGUGCCUAACCCGAAGGAACGAAAGCAAAACCCACCGGGGGCAACCGAAGGAUCCGAUCCCGAAGUCAGCCAGCCAACCGCGGAUCCGCCCGAAGAAAACAACCUGUCCGGCGACGAAGAGGAAAUUGAUCCCGAUGACGCCGAGUUCCAUUCCAUCAACAAUUGCCUGGAUGCGCUGAGCUCAGCCCUGGAUAACAUCGAGCAGAAGAAUGAUUCGCUGCACGAGCAGCUGUUGCUCUUGCUGGAGUCGCAGCGCGAAUCCCUCAAAGCACUGAAAGAGGAAAAUAGUCGUAAGGCGGCGCAGCAGCAGGGCGAGCCCGGCGAAGACGGUAACGAUUCCAACCAACCCGAACCACCAGCCCAACCGAUGGAACAGUGCUAGAGUAAACAGAUUCGUGGCUAACACAAUGACCCCCCCUCCCCCAGUCGGUGUGCAGGGUGUGUGGCAUGGACCUAGCACCCGGUGAUCAUGGACAACGUUAUUUAUUGGAAUAAAUCACCUUCUAUUUCGUUCAUUA